CGAUAUAUUAUAAAUUAAGAAAUUUAAUUUAAUACUUCACAUUUCGCGCUUCACGCAUGAAGCCCAGCUCUAAGCGUUAUCGAUAGUAAUCGUUAAGAGUGCAAACCAUCUGGCAAUACCGCACAGCUGUUUCAGCGAAAGUGACACGACGACAGCCGUCAAUUGUUUUUAGGGAUUUUGGGCUUGCGUUAAUUUUGUUUUCUUUCUUUUGUGGAGUCCAUUCUAUUCUGACCAUGUCCACCGCCAUUGAUGAAUUACAGGCAAUCAUUGCCGAACUGAAAACAGAGCUUGAAGAGCAAAAGACUUCCACACGCAAUGCACGCGAACGUAUCGAACGUAUGUCCGCCGAAGUUGUUGACUCCAAUCCCUACAGCCGUCUCAUGGCGUUGCAGCGCAUGAACAUUGUUAAGGACUAUGAACGUAUACGUGACAAGGCGGUUGCAAUUGUCGGAGUCGGUGGUGUUGGCAGCGUAACAGCCGAUAUGCUGACACGCUGCGGCAUUGGCAAGCUAAUUCUCUUCGACUAUGACAAGGUGGAGCUGGCGAAUAUGAAUCGCUUGUUCUUUACACCUGACCAGGCUGGCCUGUCUAAGGUGGAAGCAGCAGCGCGCACAUUGAGUUUCAUCAAUCCAGAUGUUCGCAUCGAGACGCAUAACUACAAUAUUACCACCGUCGAAAACUUUGACAAGUUCCUGACCACAAUCUCAGAGUGCGGCAUACAGAAGGGUCAGCCCGUUGACCUGGUGCUCAGCUGUGUCGACAAUUUUGAGGCUCGCAUGGCCAUCAACGCGGCCUGUAAUGAGAACAAUUUGAAUUGGUUUGAGUCCGGAGUAUCGGAAAAUGCUGUCUCAGGUCACAUACAGUUCAUACGUCCCGGCGAUACAGCCUGUUUUGCGUGCGCCCCACCUUUGGUGGUCGCCGAGAACAUUGAUGAGCGCACCUUGAAACGCGAGGGCGUCUGCGCCGCAUCGCUGCCUACUACGAUGGGCAUUACGGCCGGAUUGCUGGUCCAGAAUGCUCUCAAAUAUUUGCUCAAUUUUGGCGAAGUCUCUGAUUAUCUGGGCUACAAUGCCCUGAACGAUUUCUUUCCCAAGAUGACGCUAAAGCCGAAUACCGAAUGCGAUGAUCGGUUCUGUUUGCAGCGCCAGAAAGAAUUCCGGGCACGUCCACAGCCCAAGGAGCAGCAAGAGGAUGAGGUGGUGUCCAAUGAACCGGUGCAUGCCAGCAACGAUUGGGGCAUAGAGCUUGUGGCCGAGGAUACACCAGUUGAACAACAGUUGACGAACACAACAAAUGUAGUUACCGGUUUGCGUUUGGCCUACGAUGCGCCCGACAAAGUAACAGUUAAGCAGGCGGAAAAUGCAGCUGCUGUCGAUGCCGGUGUGCCAGAGACCAGCUUGGAGGAGCUAAUGGCGCAAAUGAAGUCUAUGUAACAAAACUAAUUCCAUACUCCAAACUCUGUUAUUUAUAAAUAUAUAUAUAUUUACACUUUUUUUUACAACAAACGA